AUGCAGUCAUGGGCUGGAUCCAUGACUGGUAGAGGCAGCCAGCUGCUCUUCCGCGCUUCCAAAAGCCUAGCACACCCACCUAUCCGAUGCUUCUCUGCCUCUUUCGCGCUCCAGCGGUCGAAGCGCACUUCGCGCACUGCGAAAUCCAAGUCCAAGCCGAACGAGUCUGCGCGACAGGAUAUUGCAGCAACGCGGGACUUCAGCCGGGUGGUCGAGGCAGCCUUACGGGAUAUCAAACACCGGAUGAGAAAUACGGGUCAAACACCUGACUCCUGGGAUAAAUUUGAGCGUCAAAUACAAAAUGCAUGCCGCGUGGAGGAGGGCAAAAUUUCCGACAAACUAGACUCUGCAAAUCCAUACCGGCGGACGAAAGUGGCCCUACAGAAGGCGUACCUGAGAUCUGGCGAGCAUGGUCUUCGAGAGGAGCUGGAGUACAUACUCUAUGCGGAUAGCUUGACGGCUUUGUACUCCUUGCCGAACUUGGAGGGACAGCGAGAAGUAGCCGACUGUCGCUAUCCGGCGGAGUGGUAUCCACGCGCACGCUCAAUCCAACGAACGAUACAUCUGCAUGUUGGUCCAACGAACUCAGGGAAGACAUACCAUGCUCUCAAACGUCUGGAAGGAUGCAAAUCGGGGUUCUAUGCUGGGCCAUUGCGUUUGCUGGCUCAGGAGGUAUACCAUCGCUUCAAAGACAAGGGUGUCCCUGUGAGCUUGGUGACGGGAGACGAUGUGAAACUUCCCGAGAAAGGAGAAACACCUCGCGUGAUCAGCAAUACGGUGGAGAUGGUUGGCCUGGGUCGGGAGUUUGAUGUUGGAGUUAUUGAUGAGAUUCAAAUGAUCGCCAAUCCCAAACGUGGCUGGGCGUGGACUCGGGCGCUUUUAGGCGCGCAAGUGAAAGAAUUGCAUCUUUGCGGUGAGACCCGUGCUGUCCCUCUGAUUAGGGAACUAUGCGCUCUUACUGGCGAUACUCUGGAGAUCCAUCGCUAUGAGCGGCUCAAUCCUCUUCAGGUGAUGUCACAAAGCCUGAGAGGCAAUCUGAAUAAACUUGAAAAAGGCGACUGUAUUGUCUCCUUCUCAAGGGUCGGCAUUCAUGCGCUCAAGGCAGACAUCGAGAAGCUGACUGGCCGUCGCGUUGCUAUUGUCUAUGGAGGUCUUCCUGCUGAAAUCCGGACGCAGCAAGCAAGUCUCUUCAAUGAUCCAGAUAACGACUACGACUUUCUUGUGGCUAGCGACGCCAUUGGUAUGGGUCUGAACCUGAGCUGCAAGCGUGUUAUAUUUGAGACCCUCAUCAAACGAACACCAAGUGGCUUGCAACGGUUAACGGUACCUGAGAUCAAGCAAAUAGGCGGACGGGCCGGACGGUAUCGUCCAGCUACUGCCCAUAAUGGCACCGAGAACUCUUCCGAGCCGAACAUCGGCCUUGUCACCUGCAUUGAAGAGGUCGAUCUGCCGUACAUUCAACAGGCCAUGAACACGGAACCGCCGCCUCUCCGGGCUGCAGGAAUCUGGCCACCUGAUGAUGCGUUUCAAAAGUUUUCAUCGUAUUUCCCGAGGAGCGUUUCAUUCGAAUAUUUGAUUAAGCGACUGAUGGAGCUUGCGCAAGUCAAUCCGUUGUUCUUCAUGUGUGAGACCGAGAGCCAAUUGCAAAAUGCAGAGAUUAUCGACACUGUCGAGGGGUUGCAGAUUCAAGAUCAGCUUACCCUCAUGGCUGCGCCCAUGGAGACCAAGGAGCAGACCUCUCGAAUGGUUUGCGGCGCCUUUGCUGACUGUGUCGCCGAGAACACGCGCGGGCGACUGCUGGAAAUUCCAGGCCUCGAUCUUGAGAUUCUCGAGCAAGGGGUUUCCGGGAACAAGGAGUACAUGCAUGCACUUGAGAGUCUCCACAGAUCAAUCAUUUUGUACUCGUGGCUGAGUUUCCGUUUUGGAGGCAUAUUCACUGACAGGACUCUGGCGGCUCAUGUGAAAGAGCUCGUUGAAGAGCGGAUGAUCAGAGCACUGACCGAGUUCUCGGCCAACAAGAAGUUGCGAAAAAAUGCCUCCCUUAGACGCCAGAUUGCGAUGCAGAAGCAGAAACUUGACCAGAUGCGCAUCAUCUCCGAUGCAGAUUUGGUUUCUCCGAACGGCGAGGGCGAGGCUCUGGAACAGGUAGACUUAUCAAAAGACGAGUCCCCAGAAAGCGAGCCCUCGUCGUCGCGAGGUGAUGACUAUGAUGAGAGCCCUCUCGAAGAAAGUCAGAAUGAAAGUUUCAAUGAUGAUCUCCCUGAGGACGAUCUCAUUGACACUGCUGAAAGCGUGAAGGAAGUUGAAGGAGACCUCUCUAGCGAGCGCCAAGUAGUGUCGUCAUCUGCUUGA